UGUGGCCAAAGAGCUAGACAGUUAAAGACCAGGCAAUUCCCCAUCUUGGCAUCCAGUGCAUCAUGAUGUGGAGUCUCUGCCACACUCUCCUCCCCCUGCUCCUUUCCUUUCCAUUGGCCCAACCAGAUGCUUUGAGGAGCCAUAUUAUCGGAGGCCAUGAAGCCAAGCCCCACUCCAGACCCUACAUGGCAAUCUUGAAGAGAGACAGCAGUCUUGACUGUGGUGGAUUCCUUGUGGCACCCCAGUGGGUAAUGACAGCCGCGCACUGCCUUGACGACAUAACUGUCAUCUUGGGGGCACAUGAAAUCUACGCUUUUGAGGAAUCCCAGCAAGUCAUUGCUGUCGAGUCUUACCACAUUCACCCAGAAUACAACAGAGUCACCUCCUCAAACGAUAUCCUUCUGCUGAAGUUGGCUUUCAAGCCCGUGCUGAAUAAAUAUGUGCAGAUAGUGCGCUUGCCGGAAUCGAGCAGCGACCUCCCCGGGGGGACGCCUUGCAGCAUCGCAGGCUGGGGCCUGAUUGAUCAAAGGAGGAUGGCAGAGAAACUCUAUGAGACCAACAUCACCAUCUACAGCCGCCGGAGGUGCCUGAAGUUCUGGCCGGCACUGGACGACGGGAUGAUCUGCGCAGGCGGCCACCUCCAGCUUCUGGACUCCAGCCAGGGGGACUCCGGUGGCCCCAUGAUUUGCGGCGGCGUGGCACAUGGAAUCGUCUCCUACGGCUACGACUUCCCUCCCGGGGUGUACGCCCGCAUCGCCCACUACCUUCCGUGGAUCCACAAAGUCAUGGGAUCGUGAAGAAGAGGAGGAGCUGCGCUGGGUGGUUUUGACAAGGCCUCCUCGCUUGCUGAAUGAGCUUGCAGGGCUUGCCAUCUGCCACCACAGAAAAGCCUUCCCCCUUCCUGCCCUCACUUCCCACCCCACCUCUUCUGUGAGCUUUCUUCCUUCAGUUUUCCCAUCCUCAGGUGCCCAACAGUCCUUUUCUCCAUUAGGCAACUCUGCCCAUUUCUCCUAAGGGGCUGCUUACGCCUGAAACUCUCCUCUGCAGUGGCACCUGGUGGAUCCAUGUCAAUGGGGCAGCGGAAUCCACUCUGGGUUUUAGCUGGAACUUUCGAGGCGCUGUCCAAGGAGCCAAACCUGUCCUAAAGUAGGUUUAGCACCUUGGAGAACUCCUUGAAAGCUUGAACUAAAACCAGGAGUAGAUUGGAGGGUUUCCAUCCACUCUGCCUUGCUGCCCCUUAUCUGUGGAACCCCUUCUCACAGCCCCUGUGACCUCUGGCUCCCUUAAAUGACUUUGCCCACUGCCCCUUGCUGCCCCUUACAUCUGUAACCUUUGUUACAUUUCUGUACCACUUGUGUGAUCAAGUAAAGCAAACGGUGAAGCAUUGAUCUGUUACUGUUUGCUUGGCUCUCUGAAAGGGGAACGUGAAAAUACUCAGGGUACACUUGGAUGUGGAGGGGGUGCUACUAGCAUCAUGAAUGCUGCCAUUCUGAUAUCGUGAGUGGCUCGUUGGAAAGUGGUCUCCAACACACACACACAAUAGCACCACGCAGAAUUGACCUUGCUCUCGGUCAGGAGGGGGGCUGCAAGAGUUGCGGGCUGA